UGCGAAUUUCGGUUUUUGCGGUAGGCCCCCUGUUAUUAGUAUGUGUAAGCGAGAACAAAUAUCGACAGAAGUUACGGCAGACCACCUUCCUCACGAUCGAUCAUGGUGGCGGUCCGGUACGCCUAUCAGCUAUCAGUAACAGCUUUUAGGACGACUAAAUUAAGUAAGAUUUUGUGAAGCGUUUUACAGAAGAGAAUAAACUAUAUCCAUCCCUUUUCAGGGGCCAUAAUACUAGCACAGCAAAAAGACAGUAAGGUUCUCUCUGUGACUAUGCACAAAUGAGAAAAGAUCUUGGCUAAACUAUAUAUUCCACGUUAUCCUAAUAUCCCAGAUACAUAUAACUCAUGGUCACCCUAAUUAGAAAGAGAUGCAACGGCCCACCUUGACUUCUCAUGUGGACACACGUUUUGGCCAAUGUACCUUAUCCGGUUAAUCUUAUAAGUCCGUGUUCUAUUGAUUUGGUUUGACAAGUCCAAAUGUGACAUUAGAUAUGAUGUAAAUUGCUGAAGUCGGGGUUUUGUCACAUUAAUAUAAAACAAAAUGAAAAUGAUAAGAUGAUAACAAAUUGCUUUCAGCAAAUAAGUCAUCUAAAGUAAUGGAAAGAUUAACCUACUCAUUGAACGACUUGCAUUUGUGUGAAGGUUAUUCUAUUGCGGAAUUAGUUCCGGAUCUUGUUUUGGAAAACAUAUUUUCAUACCUAUCUGUGAAAGAUCUUCGAAAUUGUUCCUUGGUUUGUAAGAGUUGGUACAGAAUCCUCAGUGAUGAAAACAAUGACGUAUGGAGAAUACAUUGUGUCAAAAGAUUGGCAGAAGAAGUCAUGAAAUCAGACUUGCUUUCCACAUUAACAACUUAUAAGGCAAAACUUAAAGCUUUCUUUCAUGCUUGGAAUCCGCAUGACUGUUCCAGAAACAUUUAUGUUAAACCAAAUGGAUUCACUUUGCACAGGAAUCCAGUAGCACAAAGCACAGAUGCUUGCAGAGGUAAAGUGGGUUUCAAUUAUGGGCGACAUGCCUGGGAAGUGAUAUGGGAGGGCCCAUUAGGGACUGUAGCUGUGGUGGGCAUCUCAACCAAAGAAGCACCUUUACAAUGCCAAGGCUAUGUGGGAUUAUUAGGGGCUGAUGAACAGAGUUGGGGAUGGAAUCUUGUGGACAAUCACUUACUGCACAAUGGUGACACUCAAGGACACUAUCCGCUGCUUAAUAAUUGUCCAAAAUAUCAAGUUGGUGAGCGCAUACGAGUGAUAUUAGACUGUGAGGACAACACUUUGUCAUUUGAAAGAAAUUAUGAAUUUCUAGGAGUUGCAUUUAAAGGCCUUCCCAACAAGCGACUGUAUCCAACUGUUUCAGCUGUGUAUGGAAAUACUGAAGUGUCUAUGGUUUACCUCGGUCCCCCAUUAGAUGGCUGAUGGUGACCUUCAAUGUCUAGAUAAUAUGUUAAUGAUCAUACCGCGGUCUGGCGGGGCAAAAAUGCACCAGAGCUGCUAUAUUGACGCAGGUGUUACUAGGCGGGUCCAGACAGAGCGAGGAAAAAGAAAAUGCGCGGGCCGCCUCUGCCGAGGGACGUCUACACUGGCCGUUUUGUGCGCGAGGAAAUUGCCUCACGCGUGUGCUCGCUCUGUGUGGACCCGCCUGAUCUUGAUUCAUAACAAGAUUUGAUAUCAAUUCAUAGUCAUACUAAGAAUGUGACUCCAUCUAAAACUAAAUAUAAAUUAAAAAGGCAAACCUUUUUCAUUUAUUCUUAUUGAAACUAUAAAAAACAAUAUAUUAAAAUCACUUAACAAAAAUGUAAUAUUACAUACAUAAAAUAUUAAUUUAGUUCAUACUAUUGUAAUCACGAUUAUUAUAUAUUAGUAUUACAUAAAACAAAUUUCAUUUGCCCUCGCACUAUUUAAAGUCAAACCAAAAUUGCCUUUGUCAGACCGGGGUAUGUUAAUGAUCGAUAUAUGGCUCUCACAGGUUUUGUCAUUCACGUUCGCUCUAAUGAAACUGAGACUUAAUAACGCGCCGAUUUAGCACGCACACUAUGUGCCCACUUACUUUUCGGGUUCGACCAAAUGGAAGCGCGGCUCUCGUUGUGAGUGUGUGCGUGCGCGAUACGAGAAUACGAGUAAAAUAGGCAUAUCAUGAAGUCUUAGUCUUGUCUUAGCCAUCGAUAUCCGUAAGGUUCAUAGAUCCAUGGUGUUUACUAUUACUAAUUUAGUCUAGUCAAAACAAUAACAUAGUAUAACUCUCUUAACCCUUUUCCAGGCCCCACCAAUCUACAAGGUUUUACCAAAAACUCCAAAUAUUGUGAUCUUGUCCAGCUUUGAUGAUUCAUUUGAAGACAAGUCACGUUUCCCCAAAGUGCACUCUAAUUUGAACGCUAAAUCGGAAUGCUAAAGUUGAAAUUCUACUGUCGCGUAUGUGGUCGAUAAAUCGUACUAUCGCCUGGAGAAGGGUUAAUACGAUUAAAUAAUAUUUCUUAAACUAUUAAAUUGACAAAAAACAGAUGUAGAGUGAUAAGCCAGAUCGAGUAAAUUGAGCAAAAAGUGUUACUGAUAUCAUAAUUAUUUAUAAACGACUUAAAAGGUAUCAGAACGCUAUCUGAAUAUAGCACUAAUAUAGUAUAAGAAUGUACCUAAUUCAUUUCAGUAGUAGUAUUGAUAUCAAUACUACCACAAUGAUAUCUUUUUAGAAGCUUUUAUUUACUUUCACCUGACGGUUGUCUGUUUGUAAUCAAAUCUUGCAAGUUAAAUUUGAUCCACUUCCAGGUUUCCGAUUGAGCUGAAAAUUUGCAUACAUAUGUAAGUCGGGUGACAAUGCAAUAUUAUGGUACCAUCGAGCUGAUCUGAUGAUGGAGACAAGAGGUGGACAUAGGAACUCACGCAACAAAAUAAACGCAACCUCGGAUAAAACAACGCAACCUAAUUGUGUUUGGGGUUUUUAGAAUUGGCUCUGUGUGUGUGUGAGUAUUAGUUGCCUGUGGAAAGAAAACUACAGUCAGCGAUAAAAGCUUGUACCAAAAAUGAAAUUUUUGCCAAAAACUUAUUAACAUUGGCAACAUGUGCGAGUGAGCCCUGUGUGGCUCUAGUCUUGCUGUCUCAAGUGGACCGUUUUCUCUAGUCUGGUACGAACACCUUGUAGCUCGGUAAUAAGUUUCAAUGUAGUAUGACAAAAAAUACAGCGCUCUCCACUUUAGGUAUAACUUCAUGCAAAAAACAUCAAAGCUCCAUAGUUUUUAAGCUAACACGCUAAUGAUAUACGGUCUUACAAAAGGUAAAUGCCAUGAAAAAUAAUCACACGGUGAACUAGAUUAUAUUUGCAAGGACUGACUCCAACCAAACACCUAGGUUAAAGUUCGCUUGAUAGAAAAAAAAAACACGAAAGCAUAUAUAAUUUUCAUUUAAUUUUAAUUGUAUGUCGUUACCCUGCAUACCACAGCGGUAUAAUUUCAGUAUUAAGUAGCUUGUAAUAUAGCAAGUAAACACAAAUUAAAAAGAGAACCGCCUGUAUCUUGGCAAACGCUUUCAUUCCGAUUUUUUAUCAAAUCUCAUUCCAAAUUAUAUUUUAUAUAUGGAUUUUUAUAUGUUAGGUAGAUUUCUGGAAUUAUUUUAAACUCUCUUUAAUUUUGAUGCUAGUUAGGGUUGGAAUAUUUUUUAAAUUUACUCCAUGAACCUGGAAUUAUACAUGCAUAUUAAAUAUUGUCAACCUACAUACGCUCGAUAUAUACAACCUUAGUCCUUCGGCAGUCGGGCAAAAAUAAAGAUACACUUAUGACAACCGGUGGCAAAUACGUAUACUUAACUUAAUUAUUAUCUUAUUUAACGAGGAGACAAGUCAAAUUAUUUUUAUGAAAAUAUUUCAUUUGUGUUAUUUUUAAUAUAAACACUAGAUAAAAUAGAAAUCAUAUGCCAAUAAAAAGUGACCGAGGCGUCCAGUGCACUUUGCUGGAUUAGAACCAGCGUCAUCUGCAUUCGCGACGGACGCCUUAACCACUAAGCCACCCGAGUCACGGUGUACGGGUCGAAAUUUCUUGUGUGUAUGCAAUCUUUUUAAAGACUUAUGUAUAGGGACUCAGGACCGCUCCGUCCACAAUCCUAUUUCGUCACGUCAUAUGGUCCACUGUUCGUUGUAUGCUGGGUCCAAUUGUAUGCUGACGACGUGGCAUUGUGGACGAUUUAAAUAGGUGGUGAGAUAGGAUUGUGGACGAAGCGGUCCUGAGCUCUCUAAGAUAGACCAGUAUGGUUCGUCAGUAUGGUUUUUCCUUUGUAUAAGGCAUCUAUUUAAAUUUAUAAUCUUAUUACUUUAUAUGAGUGUGAAUAUUAUCCAAGAUAUUGUUAGGAUUUAUUUGCGAUAUCGUAGUAGUAUACAACGUGCUCAUGAGAAACCCGAAAGAUUAAUCAAUCAAUAGUAGUAGUAGUUUUCUAUGCUUAUCUAGAGUUAACGCCAAUUGAAAAAUAAACUUAUUUUUGUUAGGUACUUAAUCCUAACCGCGUUGUUGAUGGCGUUGUUGCUACUAUAGCACGUAGUCUAAAAUAUCCUCAUUGAUAGAUGCUAGACGUAAAAAAGUGUCAAUAUCACUUUGCAAAACAUUUGAUUUUUAUGUACUAAUACUUUAAAAAUGAAACGGAAAAAAUCAUACAAACAAAAAAAAUUGGCGAAAUUGACCCUAACUCUUAUAACAUGUUUUCCUUCUUUUGGCUUUAGAAAUGCGUGGUUAAAAUCUUUUGGGUUCCUCGUGUUACACCGUGUAUAUAUGCGAUUAUAGACUUAAGUUAUUAUUUAUUUUCUUUUGGUUAAUGUAUGAUGCACACUUUUACUGCAUGGUCCUAAAGUUGACAGAUUGAGAAUAUUACAAGUUGGUUUUAUGAUUAGUACCUGAUGAUUUUGUGCAAUAUAAUGAUCAUUCAAGCAAAGAA